GAGGCAGCAGCCCCGCCGCCGCGCUGCUGCCAGCCGCUGCCUGCCACUCAGUGCGCGUUGACUCUCCAUGGUGUUGGGACCACGGACGCUGUGCAGGAUGUUAGCCCCUAAAGCUUACUGGUACUUGGUGUAAAACUGAUUCAUUUUGGUGGCCACGCUGCCGAAAGAGGACAUGUUGUAGGCAGUGCUCGGAGGCAUUGCUACAUCCAGUUUGGGCGACGUGAGCUGCGAGGAAUUGGACAAUAUCGAGUGCAGUCGGUGUGAGUCCCGUGAGGAGUGAACGGCCCAGCGGCGGCGACGGACACUCACCCUUCUACAUCUUCACUCUCAGAUGUGAGGUAGCAUGUCAAAGGACGGGUUCUACCAGUCCAACCACCAGCCUGGAAGUAAAACAAUGGAUGGCCUGAGUCUUCCCUCAUUCCCCUCAACAACAUACUGGUAUGAUGCUCAUUCCACAGUGGGCAGCUCCCUCUAUCCAACCAAUGACGGCCUAGGGGGGCCGCCACCAUUCAAGAGCCAGCACGUCGAGGCCAAGCUAGCAGAACGUGACAGAGACUCGCUGGAUUGGUGGAGUGACAGUUUGUGCAUGAGUAAUGACCAGAGGACUAUAGACCCUCAUUACUGGGGAGGACAACCCAGCAAGCGGGGCUACGUGCCACCCUACGAGCGUUCAGAGCCCGAGGUGCACCCCCCGCCUCCUCAGACCGUGGCCAUGCUGAACUUUGAUGCUGGAGAGUCCGAGUUUGUGAACGUACCGGACACAGUGAGGUCUGAGCAGGAUGAGAGGUCCAUGUGCUGUGACUCCCUCAGCAGCCAAGGGUACUCCCCAACCAGUAGCAACAGUGACAACCUUUCCAUACAGAAAACAAGCCCAGAGCCCUAUAUGGUGACAGAGGAGCAAAAGAGGUGUCAAAAGCGACAAAGAAAAGAGGCGAAGGAAAAAGCCAAAGAAGAUAAACGAUGUGGCGUGUGUGGGGAUGCUGCCAGGAGCAUGCACUUUGGGGGGAUGGCAUGUGACUCCUGCAAAGCCUUCUUCCGCCGCUCCGUGCAGAGUGGUGCUUACAAGACCUUCCAGUGUCCCGAGAAUGAAAACUGUCCAAUCUCCAAGACCAACCGCAAAGGAUGUCAGUACUGCAGGUUUAAGAAGAGUCAGGAGAAUGGGAUGGAGAUCAGCUGGGUGAUGUCAGAAACAGACCGCAUGGUGUUGUGGAAGAACAGGCUGGCUAAGCAGCGUCAUGUCCAGGAAGAAAAGAUAAAAGACAAGAUGUAUGGGGAUCUCCCUAGGUCACUUGAUCCUCAGGAAGCUGAUAUAUUGAAAAACCUUGCUGCUCUUCAGGAAAACAUCUUCAUGUCUAUUCCCUACCCAGAUGAUUGCCAUGGUGACAGUGUAGAGGCCCUUGCUAACCUCUUUGUCUGUAUUUGUAAAAAGCUUGGCAUGUUCUUUUACAAGGUGGACGAGUUUCAGACAGUGUGUAAAAUUGACCAAUCUCUUCUUUUGAAAAAUGGUAUUGGUAUGUCCAUAUAUCUCCACGGAGCAUACAUGUAUGAUAGUGAAAGACAGAGGUGGCCUGCUGAAUGUAAUAAGGAAGCACUUAAGAUUCCACCAAUAUCUUUAGAAACACUUAAAAAAUUUACUGUCAUACCAGAGGCCUUUGAGGCAAUUAUGAAAUUUUAUAAUAAGUAUGCAAGAGAGGUAAAAGAUGAAAUCAUCCUUUCUCUCAUAAGUUUGGUUGCCUUCUUCCAACCUGAUGACCCUCAAUUUCAAGACCCUGGAAAGAUUCAGGACAUACAACUGAAGUACUUGGGUUACCUCCGUAAUUAUUUGCAGGCAAAGGAGGGAGAAUCUGGGGUUAAGGUUACUUUUCCAAAACUUCUGGUGGGCCUUGCAGAUGUGAAAGAGAUCCUAGAAUUCCACAGCAAGGUAGAUAUUAAGCCCACUAUAAAUCAUCAACAGAUCUCUACACAUUCCUCAGCAAAAAGCCAAAUAUCAGGAUUAAGUGAAAUGUUCCCAAUGAUUUUUCAAAAACUGCUUCCUGAGUUUUCUUCAGUCCUAACACCAACAGAACAGAGCCAGCCACUGUGGCAACAAAGUUCUCCAGGUAGUAGAGGAAAGCAUGUGAAGCCAAGUACCGUCCUGCGUGGUGAUCAGUUUUAUCAUCCCUUGACCAAUCAGAUGUUUGGUCGAGAUCCCAGAACUGACAUGAUCAUCACCAACCCCAUGGAACAAAUAGACAGGAUUAUACGUAAACACAGGUUGCCUCCGGCACAAAUAAGCGAUGUGACAGAGCAGCAAGACAAACCAGUGGAUUACAGAGCCUUGAAAAGAAGCAUUUUGUAUGACGAUUCAGAGAGAAUGGAAACUUCAGAGGGCAGUUCUAACAAACAAAUGUUGAUUGUGCCAAGUCAUGGUUGUAGGGAUUUAAAUGAAUAUAGUUCAGUGGAUAAAAGAAGAGUCGUUGAAGUUCUGUGUGAUGUAUUGCAACACAUUUCCUGUUCUGACAAUGUUGAAUAUGUCCAGUCACUUAAGCGAACCCUGUCACCCCACUUACUCUCCAGUUUGGCACAGAAGUUAUCAUCAUAGCAGUGACAUCAUCAGGAAUAAUCAUUUCACUGCCAUAUAUGUACAACAGAUUUUUUUUUUUAUAAUAUAGUGUACCAUAUUUAGAAUGAAAGUUACUAUGUAACAUCUCAAAUAUUUUUUAUUUAUUUAUUUAUAGAGGAACUUGUGUUUUUAUAUUCUUUUAAACAAAUUGAUAAAUUUUAGGUAAAACCUAUAAAGAUCUUUAUUUUAGAAUCUUGAAGUUCAAAAGUAAAUUUCAUAUCUAAGACAUGCCUAACGUACUUUUAAAAGAGAUAAGCUUUGUGUGUUAAUUUUUAUAUUUGUCACGAUCAUGUAAUAUAUCUAAAUAUCAAAAUUCAGCUGUCUCUAUAUUAAUCAAAAUAUUUUGAUGAUUUUCAGACAAUCUUCUCAAUUUUAGAUUAAUAUAAUUUUGCUCUUGUUUCUCUUGUUAUCACUCUUCUUACAUGUACAAUCUGCUGCAAUUGCUUGGUGAAGAUUUUCAGUGUUGUCAUUUUCACAUUUUCAUGGUGAUCGCCUCUAGUUCUGACUAAAAUAUACACAUUAGAAUGUAUUUGUAUGUACAGAAUUUGUCAUGAAAUGUUGCAUUGUUCACUUAUCAAGAGAUGAAAGACAACAUGCACCUAUGGUUAUUGAAGGAGACAGUGUGGUUAUGUUGAUACAAGUGGCCUAAAAGUUACCAAAUCCUUCCCCACACAAUGUUACACAAAAAUGCUCGUAUGUACAAAGUCAACUGGGGCACUAUUCCUUUGUUACUUGUACCUUGUUGAAAUAGAAGAAAUAUAACAGAGUUUUAAAUAGUUUUCUUAGUGAAUACUUAUUUUCUGAUGUGAGCUUCUUGGUUACAUAUAGUUGAAACAGCAUCUAGCAUACCACUUCAAAUUGUUAUAAUACAAGGUAGCUACCACUACAAAUUCUUAUACCCAGUAGGUAUUGGUAGGUACAUUAGCUGGGUCAUUGGUGCUUAAACUCUGUGACUCUUCAGUCUUAGUAAGAAUUAUACCUGGGACAAAGCCCUGCAAAGUAGUCUGGGCGACAAGAGCUUACUCUCUGAAUAAUGAACCAUAAUUGUCGGCGUUUAGGACGCACCUCCGCAUUCAACACACCCUGUUUUACAAGGAUAUUUUGCAGGAUUUAUUUAUUUAUUUAUUUUUUAUUUUUUAUUUUUUUAUUUUUUACUACAAAUUUAGUUGAAGUGAUCUCAAAGGAGUUUUGUAGAGGAAAACAUAUGAUUUGGUGCAUGUAAACACAGUAUGUUCUAGAAUGAAGUACAAAAUCACCAUUUUCUCAGUUGGUGGCUGAGCAGAUUACCACAGCUGCUCUGUUACCAUGUUCUUUGGCAUUCUGUACAACCUGUAGCUUAACUUUAAUGUUGCAGCCAUGCCAGACUCUACCUCUGACCAGAUCAUCCAUGU